AAUGAAUUGGAAGGGUCAUGAUAUACUUGAUAAGCUAGUUGACAACUGCUUGUUGCAAUCGGUUAAAAAAAUAGACAAAGACGAAGAAGAAGAAGAAUGUGUGAGUAUGCAUGAUCUUCUUCGAGAAAUGGCGCUGGAAAUCAGUCCUCAAUUCUUGGUGAAAGCCAGCAUAGCCUUGGAGAAGUUACCAGAGGAGCAUGAAUGGAGAGAAAAUCUUUUGAAGGUUUCUUUAAUGAGGAAUCACAUAACAGAAAUUCCUUCAAGCAUGCCGUCUCCAAAGUGUCCUGUGCUCACAACCUUGUUGUUGUCCAAUAAUAAGAUUUCAACAAUUCCAGAAGCCUUUUUUAAGCAUAUGCUUGGACUCAAGAUCCUUGAUCUUUCCUGCAAUCAUCAGCUAUGUAGGCUGCCGAGUUCUAUCUCCAAAUUGGAGAAGCUUACUACAUUGUUGCUAUGUGAAUGUCAGUCCUUAAGAGAGGUACCAGCAUUAUCCAACCUUGUAGGGUUAAAAAAGUUGGACCUUUCCUACACAUCAAUUGAAGAACUACCGCAAGGCCUCAACAUGUUAACAAAUCUAAAAUAUCUUGGUCUUGGUGGAAGAUUAUUUGAAACACUUGAUGAACCGCUACAAAAUCUCUCCAAACUUCAGCAUUUACUACUAGUUGCCAAUUACUAUGCCGAAACAGAAGUUAAAUGGGAGAUGAUUGGAAUUUGGGGGAAGCUUCAAAACCUUGAGAAGCUGAAGUUUGGUUUUUUGUAUAACUUGAAUAUGGUGUUUGGGGAAGUAGGAGCAAUUGCUGAGUCAGCAUCGUUACCAGCUGGCACAUUUUCCUCCCUUCAAGAUAUUAGAGUUUGGGGAUGUCAUAAAAUAAAGAAGUUAUUCUCGGUUAGGUGGCUGGGAUAUCUCCAAAAACUACAGACUGUUGAGGUUGAUUAUUGUGGGCAACUGGAGGAGAUAAUAGGGUCUGAAUCUAAAGAAGGAGAAAAAGUCACUCUACCCAACUUAGAAAGGUUGAAAUUGAAAGCAUUGCCCCAAUUGAAGACCAUCUAUAGCGGUUCUUUGAUUUGUGAUUCCAUCAAGAAGAUUGCAAUUUUUUAUUGUAAAAAUAUAGAGAGUGUUUUUUGGUCCGGGUUCAACCCACUUCCAAAUCUUGAAUAUCUAGUCCUUUCUAAUUUAAAGAAUUUGAAAUCCGUGUUUGAUGAAGAAGGUUUUGGUUUAUCGCCACGUGUACCUCCCACAAGCUUUUUCUCUCUUAAAGAAAUUAGGGUUGCAUAUUGUGAUCAAUUAAAGAAGGUAUUCUCAUCUGGAUGGUUGCUCUGCUUCUUCCAAUCUCUAGAGAUUAUUAAGGUUUCAAGGUGUUCACAAAUGGAGGAGCUGAUAUCGUCAUCGGCACAUGAAGAAGAAAAAGUCACUCUACCCAAGUUAGAAAGGUUGGAAUUGACAAGUUUGCCCUUAUUGAAGAGCAUCUGCAGCAGCUCCAGUGUGUUGAUUUGUGAUUCCAUCCAGAGUCUGAUGAUUUUCAAUUGUAAGAACCUAAAGAGGAUGCCUCUGAAUUUUCCCUUGCUUGAUAAUGCCCAAUCAUCUCAUCCUCCUUCCCUCAAAGAAAUUGUGGUAUUCCCAGAAGAAUCGUGGGAAUCAUUGGAAUGGGACCAUCCCAAUGCAAAAGACAUCCUUUUCCCCCUUCUAUAAAUUUUGGUGGUAGGGCGCACCGCAAAUGUAAGCCUUUUAAUCUUCAAUUUUCCAUUUCUGAUUCAAUUCAGUAUGAGUUUUCCAUUCUUAAUAAAUCUCUCUUUCUCUCAUCUAUUCUUUUCUCCCCCAUUGGCAGCAAUUGGGAUUCGGCUCGGUAACCACAAGAAAGUUGGAAGAAAUCACAUAUGCACUAGUUGCUGCUGCUAUUGGGUUUUCAAUGUAAUAUAAUCUUUGUUUUUCUUUUGCUGUGUGUGUUGUGUGUUUAAAUAUGUCCAAUUUUAAGUGGAAAACUGGAAAUGUUUGUUUCUUUAUUAUCUGUGUGAUGUUGUCUUUGAAACUGUGUGGGAAAAAGACUUGAAACUGUAUUUGCUUUUCUUGUAAUAUGUAUUUCAAUUUAUUGCAUUUGCAUAUCUCCUCAAAUUUCAUUCAGCAACAUUAUCAUCAUCAACAAAAACCGAGACUUACUUUCAUCAACAAUAGCGGCACACUCUGUUACUUUAUAUUCUCAGAAUUGCCCAAGGAUUAGCAUUCAGGUCAGAGGACACUUCUCUUCUCUUUUUGCCUUUUUUUUGUCUCUUUUUUUUUUUUUGUGCAUCAUCAACAUUAAACUGUAUUUGCCUUU